UCCAUGACUCUUGGGGUGGUUUCCUCUGGAUUUAAAAUGGGGGUCUUAAAGAGGCUAUGCUUUUGCUGAUUGAAUGCGGCGGAAGCGAUUUCGUGAACCGGAAAACUUCUCUGACGGCAGUUUUUGCAAUAAUGCGCUAGGGUCAGCGAGUUUCCGCCCGCCGGAUGGCAACUAUGUUCUAGAGCGGAAAAAACAAAACAAUUUGUAAUCAGCUGUUUUCGACUGCCGCACGAGCCUGUCAACUUACAGCAGAGGCAAAGUGGCUAUCGUCACUGGCGGAGCAACGGGAAUAGGAAAAGCUGUUGCAGAGGAGCUUCUUUACUUAGAAGAGGAAAAUGCAGCAGUCAUGAAAUUUGUUGAUUCGGCAGGAUGUUCAGUGAUGAUUGCGUCGAGAAACGAAGACAACCUGAAGAACGCAGUCACCGAUUUUCAAGGAAGGAUACUACCGGAGAAAGAAAAAGAUCGCGCAACGUUUGUGCCCUGCAAUAUCCGCAAGGAGGACCAAGUGAAAGCACUUUUUCGGCACACGCUGGAAAAACAUGGCCGCCUUGACUUUCUUGUCAACAACGGUGGAGGCCAGUUCUUGUCGACAGCAGACAGUAUUUCACUCAAGGGCUGGAAUGCAGUUGUCGAGACUAACCUAACUGGAACAUUUCUCAUGUGCAGGGAGGCUUACCAGCAUUGGAUGGAGGAGCACGGUGGAGCCAUUGUGAACAUAAUAAUGGAAAACUCUCGCGGAUUUCCGUUGGCAGCGCACUCGGGAGCAGCCAGAGCUGGUGUGGAGAACCUAACCCGUUCAUUGUCAAUUGAAUGGGCUGCAAGUGGAGUCAGAGUGAAUGCACUUAUGCCGGGUACUAUUUAUUCAGAGUCGGCUGCAAAGAAUUACCAGGGUGACUUGUUCAAACUAAUAAGGCCGAGACUUCCUGCCAAACGAACUGGUACCACACAAGAGGUGUCGUCAGCAGUUUGCUUUCUGCUGUCACCAGGAGCAACCUACGUGUCUGGAGCUACGCUAAAUGUGGACGCAGCUGGCCAGUUUUAUCCGGCUGUCACACUAGAAAUACCAGAGCAUGACCGAUGGCCCAGGCACGACAGCUGUUCCGGGGAUGAGACAAAAGUGCCACCAGAGCAGUAGCAAUCAUUCCACCACCAUUUUAUGUUCCAGCAACUGGCAUAGUGGCUCGUCACCCUCCAUCCACAUUAAGGAAGUCCCUCAGGACACUGACUGUGAGGCUGGCCAACUGCGAAAUGAGUGCACUGACAUAUACAGCUGACCCUGGAUAUACAGAACUCUAACAAGACCGCGAAACAGAUAUCUGAGGCUCAACUGAUAACUCCACAUGCCUUGGACAGUUUUCAGAGAUCGUGAAAAGCGGGAACUCACCAACUUCUUCCUCCAAAGCCACAGCAUUCAACACACGCCUACUACAGUGCUAUGCUUUUGCAUAGAAUAUUACGACUGUUCAAUAUGUUAAUAGUUCUUAGCACAAAGAAUUGCACGACAUGAGAGAAGGCACACAGCACUAUGUCCUGCGUGCCUUCUCUCGUGUCGUACGUUUCUUGGCGCUAAAAACUAUUCACAUGCAAUACCAACUAGCCCAUCAGUCUGUUUUGCUGUUCAAUAUAUCUUGAAUCGACUGCAUAUAAAAACACGAGGCUGCACCAACUACGGUGUGAAUUGCAGUGACUUUGUGAGUGCUUCAGUAGGUGAACUAAUGGGAUCUUAGCAAUACGAAUAGGCGUUCUCUUUUGAAGUACAUAGUUGGUGAAAAACUAUUGCAUAAUACAACCCAGGACAAGAUGUAAGGAUGUGUCAUUUUUGUCAGCAGUUGUACACUUCAGACUAAGAUGAUGUCGGCUAUGUUUUGGUAAGAGUAGCAGCAAGAGAACAACGACUGCAUGACUAGGUAAGCUACCUGAAUCUUGAAUGGCUUGGGGAGAGGUGUUCAUCACACCUUCCCUUGUCUGGAAGGUUGCUAUUGAUACAUGUCAAUUUUGCAAAGGUGCCUUAUCGCUCAUUAAAUUUUUUUUGUGCACACCAAGCUAGAACAGGCAGAGCUUACUUGGCUGUAUGUACAGUCAACGUCCGAUUUUUGGUACUUCCUAGAGGCUGCAAAAACGUCCGAAAAAAUGAAUGCAUGCCUUUUAACUGCUUACGCAUCUGUGUGCGAGAGCGCCAGUUCUAGUUGACGAGAUAAUAAAAAUGACAGUGGUGGCAGCUUCAAUUAAUGCCGUUUUGGACCUGUAGUCAUGGCAAAAAGUCUAGAAAAUCUGUUGGCAAAGAUUUUUUUUGCAUCUGAAUUAUCAUGUGUUCACUGUAUAUAACCCAUAAACCUCAUUGCCAAUGAUGUACAAAAGAUUACGAUAAAGAAUGUGCUGUUUUCUGAGCUUAUAUUUUA